GCUGUACGUUUACACGCAUUUAUUAUUUGGGCGGAGCUGUUGUUAAUAUAUAAAUUUUAUUCGUUAUAUCGUAAACAUCUGGGCCAAGAGUUUUCCUAUAGGUCCUAAAAGUUGUUUCCCUAGAGAUGUCUUCUGCAGUGGCCAUGGAGGCCACCCGGAGGCGCCAGAGGCUCAGCUCUAACGGGGGGGCGUCUGAGACCACGGAGGAACCUGCAGGGCAGUGGGGAAGAGCAUGGGAGGUGGACUGGUUCUCUCUGAGCGCUGUGAUCCUGCUGCUGUGCACAGCUCCCUUCCUGGUAUUCUUCUUCGUCAUGGUGUGUGACCAGUACCAGUGCUCAGUCAGCCAGCCCCUGGUGGAGCUCUACAGCGGAGAGGCCACCCUUCGCUCCAUCUGGGACAAGGCCCCCUCCUUCACCUGGACCGCUGCUCAGAUCUACACCGUCUGGGUCUCCUUCCAGGUGGUGCUCUACAUGUGUGUUCCUGAUGUGACUCAUAAGUUCCUGCCUGGCUACGCAGGUGGGGUUCAGGAUGGAGCUCGCACCCCAGCAGGCCUCAUAAACAAGUAUGAGAUCAACGGUUUACAGUCGUGGCUGAUCACCCAUGCCCUGUGGUAUGCCAACGCGCAAUACUUCCACUGGUUUUCCCCCACCAUAAUCUUCGACAACUGGAUCCCACUGCUGUGGUGCACCAACAUACUGGGCUAUGCUGUGUCCACCUUUGCCUUUGUCAAGGCCUACCUCUUCCCCACCAAUGCAGAGGACUGCAAAUUCACAGGCAACGUCUUCUAUAACUACAUGAUGGGCAUUGAGUUCAAUCCCCGCAUCGGCAAAUGGUUCGACUUCAAGCUCUUCUUCAAUGGGAGACCUGGUAUUGUUGCCUGGACUCUAAUCAACCUCUCCUAUGCAGCCAAACAGCAGGAGCUCUAUGGCUAUGUGACCAACUCUAUGAUCCUGGUUAAUGUGCUGCAGGCAAUCUAUGUUCUCGACUUCUUCUGGAAUGAGGCAUGGUACCUGAAGACGAUUGACAUCUGCCAUGACCACUUUGGCUGGUACCUGGGCUGGGGAGACUGUGUGUGGCUGCCCUUCCUCUACACGCUGCAGGGCCUGUACCUGGUGUAUAACCCAGUCGAGCUCUCCACAGCCCAUGCUGCUGCUGUCCUCCUCUUGGGGCUGGUGGGUUACUACGUCUUCCGCUCCACCAACCACCAGAAGGACCUGUUCCGCCGCACCGAGGGGAAGUGCUCCGUCUGGGGCAAGAAGCCCACCUUCAUUGAGUGUGCCUACCGCUCGGGUGACGGCGGCCUGCACCACAGCAAGCUCAUGACCUCCGGCUUCUGGGGCGUGGCACGCCACCUCAACUACACGGGCGACCUGAUGGGCUCGCUGGCCUACUGUGCAGCCUGCGGCUUCGGCCACAUUCACCCCUACUUCUACAUCGUCUACAUGACCAUCCUGCUGGUGCACCGCUGUGUGAGAGACGAGCAUCGCUGCAGCAGCAAGUACGGCAAAGACUGGAAGCGCUACACGGAUGCAGUUCCCUAUCGCCUGCUGCCUGGGAUCUUCUAGAGUCGAGUCAGAGGUUGAAAGAAUCCCUGCAUCCUGAAAUAAGUUUACCAGAAGAAAGAGAUGUGUGUUAAAUGGACUGUUCACAUUCCAUGGGAAAGACGUUGAUGACAUUGUGUGUGUGUGUGUGUGUGUGUGUGUGUGUGUGUGUGUGUGUGUGUGUGUGUGUGUGUGUGUGUGUGUGUGUGUGUGUGUGUGUGUGUGUGUGUGUGUGUGUGUGUGUGUGUGUGUGUGUGUGUGUGUGUGUGUGUGUGUGUGUGUGUGUGUGUGUGUGUGUGCACCGUGGUGUCUUUGGAUGUCAAUGUGGGUUUCCAUGUUUCUCUGUCUGAAAAUACAUAGUACUCAGAGUGAGAUCUUCACUUGUAGUCAGGAGACUGCCAGCAUUGUGCUCUAAGAAGCGAUCCUCAGCUACUCUCAGAACUGCUCUCACCGGUGCCUAGGAGCAUUUCUCCGUAAAUGUUGAUACUAUGGUACAUAUAUCUAUGUUCUAUGGUACAUAGAUAUUAUGAGAAACUGCAAAAUGGAUUUCUAAUUCAAAUCUGUAUUUAAGUGUACUGUAGUCUAGCAACGUGAACAUCACAUAACCAUACAGUAGCACUUAGUUGGCGUUGGUCAGGUAACUACAGCUACAAGUGAGCAAUAAUCUAGAUGUCUUUUGGCAAUGCACUGUCGAUGGAAAAUGUCUCUUCUACUUAAGGGUCAGCCCAGCGUUACAUGAAAUGCUAGCAGCAGACUGGUACAUUAUGUUCAAGAAGCAGCUACAACUAUACAAUGAUUGUUCCUGCUAAAAUACAUUUUUCUUUAUUUCUGUCAAUAUAUUUGAGGUACCUGUUAUUUGAAAGUUUUUGUGCUAAUAGUGCUUUUACUUUAUCCAACAGUCUUUUUGACAUUUGAUUUCAGUUUGAAUUUGAUUUCAGUUUUCCUCAUCUGCCUUUCCUCAAGUAAUAACUUAGAAAAGUAAAUAAACCUAACAUGGUGAAUACA